AACCCCUCUUUCGCAGAAGCCGAAGCCCUCUGCUUCUGUAGCAGCACGCCCCCACAAAGCUGCGCGAAUUACAACCCUAUCACAUUCAUCAAGAAAACUCGCGUUUACGCGUAUGUUCAUAUUCAUUUUGUAACAUUGGUGGUUCCGUGGAAAUCUCGAGGUUUUGUUGUGAAGAUGGUGGAGAGCCUGUUGGCAGGUACAGAGACCAAGAAUCCAUUGGAUUCUGGUUCGGAUCAUUCUAACGGGUCGGUGUUAUUCAGCCGUAGAAUCGAGUUUCUUCCCGCGAAGAAGCCCUUCAAAGGAUUUUCCGAUGGCGGGAGUGAUUUUAAGCUCGAGACUUUAAACCCCGUCAGCUCAUCUGAAGCUCGGCGACCUGGUUCCGGUUCGGUUGGAAAGAAGCACGAUGGUUCCGAAUUCUUUGAUUUUGGUUUGGAUCCGGAGCUCAGUUUUGGGAUUACCGUUCGAAGGAUUGGAGCUGGCUUGCGAAAUUUAGGAAACACUUGUUUCCUUAAUUCGGUAUUGCAGUGUUUGACAUAUACGGAGCCUUUAGCUGCAUAUCUACAAAGUGGAAAGCAUAAAAGUUCUUGUCAUGUUGCUGGAUUUUGUGCAUUGUGCGCGAUACAGAAUCAUGUCAGUCGUGCACUCCAAUCAACUGGGAGAAUAUUAUCUCCAGAGGAUCUGGUUAUGAACCUGCGCUGCAUAUCACGGAAUUUCCGAAAUGCAAGGCAGGAGGAUGCACAUGAGUAUAUGGUCAACUUGCUUGAAUCAAUGCAUAAAUGCUGCCUGCCUUCUGGAGUUCCAAGUGAAUCCCCUGGUGCCUAUGAGAGGAGUUUGGUUCACAAGAUCUUUGGUGGUCGUCUCCGUAGUCAGGUCAAAUGUCAUCAAUGCUUGAAUUGCUCCAACAAGUUUGAUCCAUUCUUAGAUUUAAGCCUUGAAAUAUUCAAGGCAGAUUCAUUGCAGAAGGCACUUUCAAAUUUCACAGCUGCUGAGUGGUUAGAUGGAGGAGAAAGGCAGUAUCAGUGCCAACGAUGCAAGCAGAAAGUUAAAGCUCUCAAACAGCUUACAAUUCAUAAGGCUCCAUAUGUGCUGACCAUUCAUCUAAAGCGGUUUUAUGCUCAUGAUCCUGGACAAAAGAUUAAGAAAAGAGUUCAGUUUGGUUGUGCACUGGAUUUGAAACCUUUUGUCAGUGGCUCCUAUGAUGGAGACUUAACGUAUUCUCUUUAUGGGGUGCUGGUUCAUUCUGGCAGCAGCACUCAUUCUGGUCACUAUUACUGCUAUGUCCGCACAGCAAAUAACAUGUGGUACACCCUGGAUGACAAUCGGGUGAGCCAUGUUAGUGAGCGGGAAGUUCUGAAUCAGCAGGCUUACAUGUUAUUUUAUGUUCGGGAUAGGAAAAGCAGUGUUUCAAAGAAACCUGUCGACAUAGCCCAGAAGGAGAAUAUAGAAGUGAAUGUGAGUGCAAGUAAAGCUACUGUAUAUUCGAGCCAAGCUUUGAAGAAAGAAUUGGUUCUAACUGGUCAAACAGAAAAUUUACUCAGCAAAACAUGUUCGUCUGCUGAAGCUCCGAAAAGUUCAUUAAAUAUUGAUUCUUUGAGGGGUUCCUUAUCAAAGGAUGCAUCAAAUCAGCAAAGAAAUAGCCCUUUAAAAAAUCGCUUGAUACAAAAUAAACAAUCUGUAUCUGAGCCAUGUUCUCAGCCACCGGCACAAAAAGAUUGCUUGAUACAAAAUAAACAAUCUGUAUCUGAAUCAUGCUCUCAGCCACCGGCUCAAAAAGAGUCAUUAGAAUUGCCCCCUCUUGCUAAAUCAGAACCUGAAAGCUUGUUGCCAUUAGGUGAAUGUGUAAACAACAGUUGCACUCAUAAUAUGAAAAACUUAGUUGCUUCGGCAACUGACUUUAUAAAUAAAGGCAAAGAGAAUGGAGUUUCUAAAGAGGACGUGAAAGACACUCUCUCCUUGGCACCAUCUGUUAGUGACCCUGAAAAAGCUGCUUCUCAACCUGUGAUAGAUGAAACCUCUCAGAAGAUUAAUGGUGUUACUACGCUUGGAGGUUCAAGUGCUAAUACAUCAAAAAGCACUGCUUCUACAAUUUCUCUAAUUCAACCAAGCAAUAGCAGUUGUCAGGUUGGGGGUUCUGCAACUGGUUCGGAAGGUUGUGACAAAUCAGGCAAUCAAGUGUGUGAAAAGGUUGUUGGUAAUCAACCAUUGGUUCUUGACAAGUCAGGAAGAAGGUCAAUGGAUAUUGGUGGCCUUAGCCACAAACGCAUCAAGAAGUCAAGGAAGAAACUUUUGAAGUAUCGGGUUUCAAGUUUGCAUGUUGGCUCUAACUUCCUUGUGAUGGCAUCUUUUAGCUUGCGGAAGAAAAAGAAAAAUAAAAAAAUUGAACGCCAGACUUCUGAUAUAAAGAAUCUAAAUAAAGAAAAGCUGGAUGAAUAUAUCUCUUCAGAUGUAGGGCCAUCAAGUAGUGUUGGGAGUGUGGGAACCAAAUCAUCUUAUAAACAUGCUACUAAUCAUCUGUCUAUGAACUCAGUUGGUGGUGAAUCAGUGAUGGAAAAUAUUGCCAAUGGAGAAUUUAGAAAGAGGAUUGAUCAGGACUGUGCUGUGCUUGCCACUGCCAAGCAUGUAGAAAAGGUCUCUGGGCAUAGCUCAGUUGCAAACCAUUGUGAUUCUAGACAGCCCAAUAGGCUACGAGAUGGUAACAGAGAACAAAUGCAUAGUAGUUCGAUGAGUAAGCUUGCCCGAGGUCUAGAGGUUCCACGUUGGGAUGAUGUAGAAUUGCCUUCAUCUCAAUCCAAGGAGUCAAAGAGUGAGAUCAUGAGCAUUGGCUAUGUUGGGGAUGAAUGGGAUGAAGAAUAUGAUAUGGGGAAGAGAAAGAAGUUAAGGCGCUUUAAGCAUAGCUUUGGUGGGCCAAACCCUUUCCAAGAAAUUGCCACUGAGAAAUCUCGGUUUAAAAGGGCAAAACUCGAGCAAUGUCGCUCAGGGAACCUUCCGUUCCGUUCAGGAUUUGUGGUAGACAUUAGUAAGUUGUCGAGCUGAAAUUGUAACGGAAAACACUUAUGAUUUUCCCAGUUCAAAGUUGUGUUCCUAGCAUUAAUUUGCCUGAGAGCAGAGUGUUGUUAGGCUUUUAUCAUAUGCUUUGUGGACAUUUCUCUUUUCAGAGAACUGUUAGCUGCGCAUGUUCGAGAAAUGAUAUGUGGCUACCUUGGGUGGCUCGAAAAUUUUGUUCCUCUUAGUUUUCACCUUAGCAGGGUCAUCUUCUAACACGUAAAACUGUUUCCUGUAUCGUUUAUUUGGUGGAUGGAUGUAUUUGGCUAUGUACUUGAGGUUAAUAGAAUUCGUAUAUUUAUUUUUAUUCUA